GAUCUUAGCUCCUCCUGUCGUCCCGUACGCGAAUCACUGUUCUUAGCUACGCUAUUUUUCACUACUCCAUUCGCAUUAAAGCCAUUUGGUGGGGCCAUUUAUAAAUUGGUAUCGGAAGCGUUAUUAAACGAUAACUGAAAUUUAAUUUAGUAGAAAAAACUAUCUAUAUCUAUGGGGGAAGACAAAGAUAAGGACUGGGAACGAGAUAGAAGACGAGAAAGGAGGAGAACUCGUUCAAGAUCUCCUGGAAGAUCUGCUCGAGCUAAACGAUCCAGGUCUAGGUCUCGCGAUAGAAAGCGUUCUCAUUCUAGAGAUCGAAGGCGUAAUGAGCGUGCUCCUCGAAGGAGGAAGAAGUCUCUGUAUUGGGAUGUACCUGCUCCUGGAUUCGAGCAUAUUUCUACUCAACAGUACAAAGACAUGCAAAGUUCUGGUCAAAUUCCACCCAGCAUUUAUACAACUCAAGGCCCUGUUGUGGGUACUGUACCUGUUGUCGGCAGCACUGUGACCAGACAAGCCAGACGUUUGUAUGUAGGCAACAUUCCAUUUGGCUGUUCAGAGGAUGAAAUGAUGGAUUUCUUUAAUGCCCAAAUGCACUUGUGUGGCUUUUCUCAAGCUCAGGGAAAUCCAAUUUUGGCUUGUCAGAUAAAUCUUGAUAAAAAUUUUGCUUUUCUGGAGUUUAGGUCUAUUGAUGAAACAACCCAGGCUAUGGCAUUUGAUGGCAUCAAUUUCAAAGGUCAAAGUCUUAAGAUUCGCCGACCACAUGAUUACCAACCAGUGCCUGGGAUGUCUGAAAUUCCAAAUUCAGCUGUACCGGGUGUUAUUUCAACAGUUGUACAGGACUCUCCGAACAAAGUUUUCAUUGGUGGACUACCUAACUUCUUGAAUGAAGACCAGGUGAAAGAUUUCCUGUUAUCUUUUGGUCAACUGAAAGCAUUCAAUUUGGUGAAAGAUACUGCAACUGGACUUUCAAAAGGUUAUGCCUUCUGUGAAUAUGUUGACACUGUUAGUACCGACCAGGCUAUUCAAGGCCUGAAUGGUAUGCAGUUGAGUGACAAACGUCUCAUCGUACAACGUGCCAGUGUGGGAGCCAAGAAUGUCCAAACCAAUGUUCCAGUGCAAGUGCAAGUACCUGGACUACAAGUAGCACAAGGGCCUGGUCCAGCAACAGAAAUUUUGUGCCUAAUGAACAUGGUUGUUCCAGAAGAACUCAUGGAUGAAGAAGAAUAUGAAGAUAUCCUAGAAGAUAUUAGAGAGGAGUGUUCUAAAUAUGGUACCGUGAAAAGUGUGGAAAUCCCCAGACCUAUUGAAGGUGUAGAUGUGCCUGGAUGUGGAAAAGUUUUUGUGGAGUUCAGCUCUGUUAUUGACUGUCAGAAAGCUCAACAGUCUCUGACAGGCAGAAAAUUUGCUAACCGUGUAGUUGUUACUUCAUACUUUGAUCCAGACCGCUACCAUCGUCGAGAUUUUGGAAUGUCUGUUUGUUAAAGAUGCUGUGGAGUUUUCUUUCUUAUGCUCUACACUGGCUUCAUUCUUUACAUGUUAACCAUUGUAUCAUUGUUUUAGUGUCAUUUUGAACUUCAAAUGAACAUUCAUAUUUGUUUUUAUCACCAUCCUAAGUUAAGUUGAAGAGCGAAAAACUUAUUAAAGAAACAAAUGUUCUAUUUCAGCAACAUCAACAAUGAAAUAUAUAGCCUUAUGUAAAGUUUAUCAUAUCUUGUGCUCUUACGAAUUUUAAUUUGGAAAUAAACAUACUUUCUCUCUG